CUGGACUUAUUCCUCUGAAGAAGAACUGCGUGGUUCCAGUCACUGGGGAAAAUUCUCAACAUAUGGUGGUGGAGGAUAUUAUGAAGAACUGUCACUCAACCGAGGCAAAACCAUUGAGAAAUUGCUUACACUGAAGAAUAAUGUUUGGGUUACUAGAGGAACUCGUGCAAUUUUCCUUGACUUAACUGUCUAUAAUGCAAAUAUUGAUGCAUUCUUAACUAUGAAGCUUGUUUUUGAGAAACCACCAAUAGGAGGAAUCAUUACAUCUUCCUUCUACAGAAUACUGAAGCUCCAUCAUUAUGUGACCAAAUUUGACUCCUUUGUCGCAUUCUUUGAAUGCACAUUCAUAGCAUUCAUAUUUUUCUACACCAUAGCAGAGAUA